CUGUCAUUGCUUUUACGUAGACGGAGGACAGCGGAGGGAGUGUCGGUGGGUAGUACGAUCCCGAAAGCAAGACUACGUGGGUAUCGUCGGAGAUAAGCAUAGAAUUAGAAUUCCCAUGUUAUGCGGGGAAUUCAGUUUGCGUCCAAUUUCUGCAAAAAUCGUUAACUUCCCGAAACUUUCUACGAGUUGAAUAAUAAUAACAAGAAGAAUAUAUACAUGGAGCCAGUGAAGUACUAUAGACUCUCAGAAGUAGAAGAACACAAGUCUCCCCAAAAUUGCUGGAUUCUCAUCAACAAUAAAGUUUACGAUGUUUCCAAAUUUCUGGAAGAGCAUCCCGGGGGUGUGGAGGUCCUGUGUGAGCAUGCAGGGGGCGACGCCACAGAGAACUAUGAGGACGUGGGACAUUCCAGCGACGCCAGGAAAAUGGCUGAAAGUUAUGUCAUAGGAGAGCUGCAUCCGGAGGACCGAGAGAAGAUUGUAAGUCCCCUGAUACCCCCAGGCAGCUAUGUUCAGGACAGCACAAGCUGGUGGUCAAACUGGGUGAUCCCUGGUCUAGCAGCACUGGUUGUCACGGUCAUGUACCGCAUGUAUAUCUACGAGGAAUGAUCUGUGUGGACCAGUCCUGCGUUACCAUAGCCUCCCGGCGAACCAUAUGCAGUUAAUGGGCCUCAUCACUAUGAUUAUUAUCUAAUUAUACACUAUUGUGUAAAUGAAGACUUUAUUUCUUGUGUGCAUUCUGAGUGACACCCCUCAGAGGUAGUUUGAUGAAUCAAAAAGAACAAAAAGAAAAGCUGCACUGUGCCUGACUGUAUGCUCCCUUUUACUUUCUCUCAAUCACUUUUGCAGUUUCAAAACCCACCUCUUCUGGUCUAAAUGACUUCAAUCAAGUGUUUAUAUAGUCAGGAGCGAUUAAGCCUUAUAAUUGAAAACCUAUUGACAGUAUUAAGCUAGACAAAUGAAAUAUUUAUGUGGUGUUAAAUAAAGAAUCAGCAUCCACUUUGCAGAAGUGAAGAGGCGCAGUGAAGUCUGUCCUCACGCAGUUUACCUGCUGCUGCUUGCUUGCUGCUAUUCCUGUCAAAGAGAAACAUGAUGCAUUCUAUGGACAAAGUUGGGGUAGGGUUAGGAUGGGGUGACUCACCUCCACAUCAUGUUUGUGUGUGUAUGUGUGUGUCAAUCUGUCUUUCUGUCUGUCUGUGUUUCUGUCUGUCUUUCUGUCUGUCUGUGUGUCUAUCUCAUCACUGUAUCCAUAAACUUGCAGUUAGGAUAACUGGCAUAUUCAGUUCAAUUCAAUCAGUCUAAACGACUGUAUUAGUUUCUCAUAUCUAAGUUGCCCAUUGCAUGUGUGCCAUGUAAUGGACAGGCAUCCCACCCAGGGUGUCCACGCCCUUGUGCCGAACACUGACUGGGAUAGGCUCCAGGCCCCCCUGCAACCUUGAUCAUGAUGAUGGAUGGAUGGUGUAAAAAGUAGAAAGAAAAGGCCAAAGCACAGGUACACUCUGGAUUCAUAUCCAUUGUAUGGGCUCAGCAACAACAACAACAAUAAUAAUAAGUAAAUAAUUUACAAUUACCAUUAUGCAGUCUCACUUUUAAUGGCUUCAGGAAAAUGCUGGGAUUUGCUUAACAAAUUGCAUCUUGCUUUAGUCCUUGACUUUCCAGAACAUAUUGUCUUCCCCGAAGGAGAAAAUACAUAAAUAUGCAAAUCAGAAAUCAUUAGCAAAGUAAGAGUGAAGCAAUUAGUAGCUAUGCCAUUGUAGGCCGUUUUCAUCACUCUGGAUGAAAUAAUAACAAAGCAGCAUUUAAUUACUCUGCGGGGGGAGGAAGGGACCGGAAAUGAUAAAGGUCACCUGUGUCGCCCCCUGGAUCCCACAGCAGGUACUGCACUGAGCACCCACCAUGCAAGUCAUGUAAUACACUUCCAGAGGAUUCACAGGAAAGUGAAACCACACCAAUGUACAUUCUGAUAUUAAAAUCAAUGUCUGACAAUUUUA